CAAGUCUUACUAUUAGGCGACCAAAGUGAGCCUGAAACCGAGCUUUCCAGUUUAAAAAGGUGGAGAUCAUUGGGGACAAAGGGAAGGCAAGAGAACCACACUGUCAGAGCUUGUAGUUCAAAUCUCUUCAUUUUCUCAUUUUAGAUCUUGUCAGACUCUCUGCUCUUAGCUUUGAAGAUAAUGUGCCAUAAAGCUCCAAAUGCUUCUCCAUGCACUGCUCCCUUUCGUCACUAAGAUCUUCGACCAACUCCGUCAUAUUCAAUCUCUGUGUUCCUCAAACACGGAACAAGACUAAGGUCCCAGAACCCAUUCAACUCAGAUAAGGUACAGAGCAUCAGAAGCACUCCUCCACAUUCUCUGAACUUUGCAUGAAAACUUACGGUCUUCCUCACAAGCUUCAGGAACUUUGAUCUCAGGGCAAGGACUUUGAGCUGAAAGCCUGAAACUGACGAUUGUUUUGGGUUCAGGUCUGAUAAAUAAAUCAAUUGCUGCAUCAUUUUGAAGAUAUAAAUCUGAAACACAGGUUUUUAUUAGAUUGAAGAGUUGCCUGAGAAAUGGUUCGAUCCUGCUGGAAACCAUCUGUAGAAGGUGAGGAUGGAGACUUGAAUGGGAGAGUCGAUGGACUGCUGUGGUAUAAGGAUUUGGGUGACCAUUUGUACGGGGAAUUCUCAAUGGCUGUAAUUCAGGCCAAUAGUUCAUUGGAGGAUCGAUGCCAACUCGAAUCUGGACCCUUCACUUCCAACCAUUUGGGUCCUCAAGGGACCUUCAUAGGGGUCUAUGACGGCCAUGGGGGAUCAGAGGCCUCGCAGUUCGUCGCAGACAAUCUCUUCUUCCAUCUCAACAGGUUUGCGAGUGAAAAGCAAGCCAUGUCAGAAGAUGUGAUCAAAAGAGCAUUUUAUGCGACAGAAGGGGAAUUCCUGUCGGUUGUGAAGAAGCAGUGGCUAAGUAGGCCAGAGAUUGCAUCCACAGGAACAUGUUGCUUGGUUGGGAUAAUUUGCAACGACAUGCUAUAUGUUGCAAAUGCUGGGGAUUCCAGAGUGGUAUUAGGAAGAGAAGAGAAAGCAACCAGAGAUAUGGAAGCUAUCCAAUUAUCCGCAGAACACAAUGUCAACAUCGAAACUGUGAGAGAUGAACUUCGGUCCAAGCACCCUUAUGAUUCACAAAUUGUGGUCGCCAAGCACAAUGUUUGGCGAGUGAAAGGCCUUAUCCAGGUUUCAAAAUCCAUCGGCGAUGCGUAUUUGAAGAAGACAGAAUUUAACAGGGAGCCCCUGCCAUUCAAGUAUAGAUUGCCUGAGCCCAUGUUUAAGCCAAUUCUUAGUUGUGAGCCAUCAAUAUCAACCCAUAAACUCGAACCACGGGAUCAAUUUCUCAUCUUUGCUUCUGAUGGAUUAUGGGAGCAUCUCAGCAACCAAGAGGCUGUUAACAUUGUGAGCAAUAACCCACGAAAUGGGAUUGCUAGGAGGCUUGUGAAGGCUGCACUUCGGGAAGCGGCAAGGAAAAGAGAGAUAAGAUUCUCGGACCUGCAAAAGAUAGAAGAAGGAGUGAGGAGACACUUCCAUGAUGACAUAACAGUAAUUGUUGUAUUUCUAGAUCCCAAACUGACUCAUGAUGGGCACGGCUCUCUCUGGGACCUUCCCCUUUCAAUCAGAGGAGGUGGCUCUGCCAACUCUUAGUGGAAAUGAUAUUGGUCUAGUGGUUUUCCCUUGGUUAUGCCUAUGUCUCCGGAAUUCUGAAAUAUCAAAGUCCCACAACGUUAACAGAGCGGUUUCUCAUUGAAGCUUUCAUGAUUCUUACGUAGAAAAGUAUCCCGCUAUCAGAUAUGAUAAGAGUACCAAGAAUUUAGAUGGGACAGAUUAAGCUGAAUUCAUUACUACCAAGGGAAUUAUUGUUAUCAUUUCCUCCCAAGUUCUGUGAAGUGUUAAAUACUGGUUAAGAUGAACACAUUUUACCAAUUUCCAUGUACAAUUCCACGGCUUCUACAUUACAAGU